CCACCUCUCUCUUUGCUCCGUGGCAUGUCGUUACUCUGGUUAGCCACCGUUGUUUGUUUCGUGUGAGUGCUUUCCCGCUAUGUAUCUAAGGGACAUGGGGACGACUUGAUUUAGGUGAAUAUCUAUUGGAGACAUCAACCAUUGCUUAAAUGUAUUCAUGCAAUGUAGAAGAUGCAUAGCAGUCAAGAAUCAACAUAAAAAGAGCUAUCUGCAAUCAGUGCAAUGACAUGAAAGGGCAAAGUUUUUGACCACCACACAUCCCCGCUGUGGGUUUUGUCAUUUCAAGGAAUGUGGUCUAAUAUAAGAACUGUAUAGGACCUUCCAAACUGUGCCAAGCUGUGAUGAUGUCCAGAUAUGUAUGAUAGAUGAUGUGAGUGAGUGUGUCUCAGUGGAGAUCGGAGAGAAGAAGGGAAUGCAGGCUUGCUGCCCAUAACUUGUAUGCGAGCGUGAUGCCCAGGCGAGGGUUGUCACUGCAGGGCCGGGUACGCUGGCUGUUCCUGGGCCUCUUCCUGCUGCUGGUGCUGCUGCUGUUCGCCUACCUGCUGGAGUGCACCCCUCCAGCUGACGUUAGCCUGGUGCUGCCCGGUCUGAGCGGAGAGUUGUAUGGUAAAGAGUAUUACCAGGCUCUGUUGCAGGAGCAGGAGGAGCGCCACCUCAGCCGUGCCACCAGCCUCAAGCGGCAGAUUGCUCAGCUCAAGCAGGAGCUGCAGGAGAUGAAUGAGAAGCUGAAGCUCCUGCAGGACAAGAAGGAGCUGCCAGGGGUGCAGGGCCUUGCCGAGACCAAAGACCACGAGCCCGGGGAUCUGCUGGAAUAUCUCCACUCCCAGAUCGACAAGGCUGAGGUGAGCACGGGGGCGCGCCUGCCCAGCGAAUAUGCAUUGAUCCCCUUCGAGAGUUUCACCUCAUCCAAGGUUUACCAGCUAGAGAUGGGGCUGACGCGGCACCCAGAGGAGAAGCCUGUCCGUAAAGACCGCAGGGACGAGCUGGUGGAGGUCAUCGAGGCAGCGCUGGACAUCAUCAACAACCCUGAUGAGGAAGACGGGGUAGAAGACGACAUGCCAAUGCAGAGACAAACCUAUACAGAGGGCCACUUCACUGAGGGGCUGCACCGGACAGAGCGGGACAAAGGUACACUUUAUGAGCUCUUCUUCGCAAAAGACGAUUCCACCAGCUUCCGUCAUGUCACUCUUUUCCGUCCUUUUGGUCCUUUAAUGAAAGUGAGGAGCACGUCCAUAGAAACAUCAGCAAUCAUAAUCAACAUCAUUGUGCCGCUGGCAGGCAGGGCAGAAACUUUCACACAGUUUUUACACAACUUCAGAGAGGUGUGCGUACAGCAGGACAGGAGAGUACAUCUGACAGUGGUUUACUUCGGCCAAGAGGGUUUACAAGAUGUGAAGUCCUCUUUGGAAAAAAUGUCCAGGGAGGAGAGUUUCUCCAAUUACACACUCAUCCCAGUGGAUGAAGAAUUUUCCAGGGGACGGGGUCUGGAUAUCGGCGCCCAUGCCUGGAAAAGUGGUGAUGUCUUGAUGUUCUUUUGUGAUGUAGACAUCCACUUCACGCUGGAGUUCCUCAAUACCUGCCGUCUUCACUCUUCUCCGAACAAGAAAGUCUUCUAUCCAGUGGUUUUCAGUCUCUAUAAUCCCGCAAUAGUCUAUGGAAAUUUGGAGCUGGCUCCACCCAUUGAGCUUCAGUUGAUUCACAAGAAGGACGCUGGAUUCUGGAGAGAUUUCGGCUUUGGAAUGACAUGUCAGUAUCGCUCAGAUUUCCUAAAUAUUGGAGGCUUUGACCUGGAAGUCAAAGGCUGGGGUGUGGAGGACGUCCACUUAUACAGAAAAUAUCUUCGGAGCGACUUGAUUGUAAUCCGGACACCGGUGUCAGGUCUAUUCCAUCUAUGGCACGAGAAGCAGUGUGCGGACGAACUGACCCCAGAGCAGUAUCGCAUGUGCAUCCAGUCCAAAGCCAUGAAUGAGGCCUCCCACUCCCACCUGGGGAUGCUUGUGUUCCGCGAGGAGAUCGAGGCGCACCUCCGCAAGCAGGCCUUCAAGACCCAGGGCAAAUCAGAGGACUAAGUAAGCUGAGCUUUAUAUAGCUAUCCGGGUUGCAGACGAGCAGUAAGACUGUGCGACCUCCUUAUGACCUUGUUAAUGCACUAUAGCAAACAGCUAUUUACACAGAACCUGUUGCAUUUCACCGCUCAGCUGUAGACACGGAUGAAUGUACGGAAGUGAACAACUGGAUUGAUCAAUGUGAAAAUCCCGGUACACAGUUAAAGCUGUAUUGAAGAGUAUGCCAUUAGGCAGUAUCAGGAAUGAUUGAACACCUUCAAGUUGGGAGAAAUUACAUGACCUGCCAUUUGGGAUUUAUUUUUUGGUGGGGGUGGCAUUGGGUGAUAUAAAACGUGAUCUAUCUCAAGCUGAUUCCAUAAGCAUGUGAUUAGCAUCAGUGGAUGGAUAAUUGUUCAUCUCAUUUCAGCCAAUGUACACGCUUAAAACGCAGCAUUCCAAGCAGCUCUUCGGUCGCUCUGCCCCUAUUUCUUCAUCUAUUUCCAAUCUAUUCUCACAGACUAAAAACUUUCACAACCUACUGUGAAUUCUGUAGGGAGGUACACCAAAAUAUUCCCAUUGUGAGAUUAUUCUCGGAUUCCAAGGUAUGAAAAGAUCUUGAACAAGGUAAAAAUCCAAAGUUUUGGAUAUAGUGUGUGUGUGUGUGUGUGU